AUGUCCUUCCCAUUAGUCGCUUUAGGUAACCCAUUAUUAGAUUUCCAAGUCAACGUUGAACCUUCAUACUUGGAAAAAUAUGAAUUAAAAGCUAAUGAUGCAAUCUUAGUUGAUGAAAAACAUUUACCAAUCUUUGGUGAAUGUAUUAAAGACCCUUCAGUUCAAUUCGUUGCUGGUGGUGCUGCUCAAAACGCUGCUAGAGGUGCUGCUUACAUCUUACCAGAAAAUUCAGUUGCUUAUUUCGGUUCUGUUGGUAAAGAUAAAUAUUCAGAUUUAUUAUUAGAAGCUAAUGCUAAAGCUGGUGUUAAAUCUUUGUAUCAAUUCCAAACUGAACAUGAAACUGGUAAAUGUGCUGCUUUAAUCACUGGUCAUAACAGAUCUUUAGCUACUGAUUUAGCUGCUGCUAACCAUUUCACUCCAGAUCAUUUAACUAAACCUGAAAAUUGGGCUGUUGUUGAAGGUGCUAAAGUUUUCUAUAUUGGUGGAUUCCAUUUAACUGUUUCUCCAGAAGCUAUUUAUACUUUAGGUAAACAUGCUUCUGAAAAUAACAAAACUUUUUCAUUAAACUUAUCUGCUCCAUUCAUUCCAGAAUUUUUCAAAGAUGUUUUAGAUAAAUCAAUUACAUUUGCUGAUUACGUUAUUGGUAAUGAAUCUGAAGCUGAAGCUUAUGCAAGAUCUCAUGAUUUGAAAACAACUGAUUUAUCAGAAAUCGCUAAAUAUAUUGCUAAAGAACCAAAAACUAAUGCCAACAAAAACAGAACUGUUGUUAUUACUCACGGUUUAGAACCAACAAUCACUGUUACUUACAACAAAGCCACUGAUUCAUUUGAUGUUCAAGAAUUCCCAGUUCAUCCAUUAGAUUCAGCCAGGAUUGAAGAUACUAACGGUGCAGGUGAUGCUUUCGCUGGUGGUUUCUUAGCUGGUCUUGUUAAUAAUGAUGAUUUGAAAACUUCAAUUGAUAAAGGUCAAUGGUUAGCUAAAUUAUCUAUUCAAGAAGUUGGUCCUUCAUUCCCAUAUCCAAAAACUUCUUAUACAUCAGGUAAUUAA